AUGGCAUCAAUCGUGGGGCGGCUGGCACGCACGCUGUCGAGUGGCGCGGAGGAGGCAUCGCACCGGCGGAGCAGCAGCUCCAGCGAUGGCUGCGGCGGCGGAAUCCUGAGCCCCCGGCCGGUCGGCACGCCGCGCAUAUCCACGUCGCCCAGCUUCAAUGACUUCAGCCUAAACGCGCAGGAAGACGCCGAGGAGGAAUACAGGUCCCUGUUUGCGGACAUGGCGGACGCCAAGACGAUCUGCGACAACGGCAUCGACCAGUCCAACACGACCCGCUGCGAGAAUUCCACCGCUGGAGCACAGCCAGUGGGCGCGGUCCCGCCGAAGGCUGUGCCCACGGCGCGUGCAACACUCAAGUCCAGGGCGAGGUCUGUGAAGGUGAUGGGCAUGGACGCCUACGACUACUGCGACCUUCUUCGCAGCAGCAGCCUGUGA